GGUGCAGAGCAGAGCGUUUGGGUGCGUGAAAGGGUCCCGGGUGCAGGAGGGAUGCCGAGGAGGGGCCGCAAGCGCUGAUCCCCCCCUUCCUGGCAGCAAAUCCCGCACCUACCAGGUGGUGCUGGGCGAGUACGACAGGAGCACCGGGGAGGGCCCCGAGCAGAGCAUCCCCGUGAACUCCGACGACAUCUUCGUGCACCCCAAGUGGCUCAGUUUCUGCGCGGCCUGCGGCAAUGACAUCGCGCUGAUGAAGCUGCAGCGGCCGGCCGUGCUCUCGGCGCAGGUGCAGGUGGGGCGGCUGCCGCCCGCCGGCUCCGUGCUGCCCAACGGGUACCCCUGCGUGCUCAGCGGCUGGGGACUGCUCACCA